AAUAAAUUUACAAUCUACCAAUCAUUGAAUCAUAACAAAUAUUAGAUUAGUUAACAAUAACGAUGCAUUAACAAUAUAAAAUCAAAUCUGCACAGUAAAGUGUUAAUUAUCGUACCUUAAAUGUAUUUAAACUGUUUUUAGGCUUGGAGAUUAGGCAACUAGUAUGUAGUUGGUAGAGUGUGAUCUCAGUAAACUACCUUUUUGAAUUUUUUAAUUUUACUGACUUACAUUAACUAUUUUAUAAAAUGAAUAAUUCCAAUAGCAGUUCAAAUGUUAGAGCACCAAUGGAAUCUACUACAUCUUGGUCCCAUCCGGGAAACCGAUUUCAUAGAUUUUUGGCUCUAAUUUUGAUGUGUUUUCUUUGUUUUGGUUCUUACUUCUGCUAUGAUACUCCAGGUGCUUUAGCAGAUAACUUCAAGAGUGACUCCCAUUUAAAUACAUCUCAAUUUGCUUUAUUAUAUUCCAUAUACUCUUGGCCAAAUGUAGUUUUAUGUUUUAUUGGCGGUCUUCUUAUUGACAGAUGUUUUGGUGUGAGAUUAGGUACAAUAAUAUACAUGUCAAUAUUGUUUGUUGGGGCUGUAGUAUUUGCUUUUGGCGUUUACAUAGAUAAGUUUUGGCUUAUGAUACUAGGAAGGUUUAUAUUUGGUAUUGGAGGGGAGUCUCUACAAGUGGCUGUCAACAAUUAUGUUGUGUUGUGGUUCAAAGGAAAAGAGCUCAACAUGGUGUUUGGGUUGCAGCUAUCAUUCUCGAGAUUUGGAAGUACUGUCAACUUUUGGGUCAUGGAGCCUAUAUAUAGAUGGGUUGCCAAUUAUUAUGGUGGCUAUGAGCGUUUGGGUGUAACACUGUUCGUUGCAUCACUCACGUGCUUAGGGUCUCUCAUAUGCGGUCUCAUUUUGGGAUGGAUGGAUUAUAGAGCCGAAAGAAUAUUGGAUCGAUCAGAAAACAAUGCAAAUGACCCUCCGUUUCGGCUGGUGGACGUUUUGAACUUCAAACCAGUUUUUUGGCUGGUCUCAGUCAUAUGUGUGGCAUAUUACUUGGCAAUAUUUCCAUUUAUUGCCUUGGGAAAGUUAUUCUUUGAAAGAAAGUUCGACUUUAAUCCUCAAGAUGCAAAUACAGUUAAUUCAAUGGUAUAUCUUCUGUCUGCUGCCUUGAGCCCAUUCUUCGGUAUCCUCAUUGACAAGACCGGAAGAAAUGUCACGUGGGUUAUUCUCAGUAUUGUGACGACAAUUGGAUCGCAUUUUCUUCUUGCAUUCACAUUUGUCAAUCCAUAUGUUGGAGUGAUAUCACUGGGAAUAUCUUAUUCUCUCCUUGCCAGUGGACUGUGGCCUUUAGUUGCUAUGAUCGUUCCGGAAAAUCAACUUGGAACUGCAUAUGGAAUAUGUCAAGCGGUACAGAACCUGGGUCUCGCGACUGUCAUAAUACUGGCAGGUGUGAUUGUUGACAAGUAUGGAUAUCUGAUGUUGGAAAUGUUCUUCUUGGGAUGCCUGUUCAUUGCACUGAUUGCCGCUGUACUUAUUUAUAUAAUCGACUCAGCUAAUUCGGGCGUUCUCAAUCUCUCUCCAAGUGCCAGGGAAGGUCUAAAAACGCUCACUAUAAAUAGCGACGAAAGGGAGAACCUGUUAGCGAAUUGUGACAGCUCCGACCAGGAAGAAGUGGACGCGGCCCCUGGAGACAGUGACGAACAGACACGACACGACGCACUGACACAGUCUGACAGGAUCAGAACUAGAUAUAUAGCACAAAUAUUACCAAACACUAGCAUUCCGGAGAGGCAAUAGGCAACUGUAGUGUUAAAUGUAUUGUAAAUAUUAGAAUGAAUUAUAUUAUAAUAGCUAAUUGAAUUUUAUAUUUUGAUGAUAUAUGAAUAUUGUAUGACUAUUAAUUAAAGGAUUAUAUUAGA